ACCUCCUCAUUUUCCACAUUGCCCUUUCAGACACUUCGAAAAUUCACUCAUCACUUUCUUCUCAAAAUUCUUGAUCACAAGUAAAAAAAUUAAAGAUGGCAUCAAUGGCGGAAAUAUGGACAGGAAUCGGAUCAACUCUAGCUAGUAUUAUGUUCGUUAAUGCUCUAGUGCAACAAUAUUUACCUUACAAUAUCCGUUACUACCUUGAAAAAUACUUCCACAAAGUUAUCGGUUUUGCAAAUCCAUACAUCCAGAUAAGCUUCAACGAAUACGGCGUCGAUCGGUUAAAACGCUGCGAAGCGUAUACCGCGAUCGAAGCUUACCUCAGUUCCAAAUCUUCCAAACUUGCAAAAAGACUUAAAGCUCAAAUCGGGAAGGACAGCAAGAAUAUUGUUCUUAGCAUGGACGAUCAUGAAGAAAUGACCGAUGAGUUUCAAGGUAUGAAGUUAUGGUGGUCUACGAGCAAAACUACCAACAAGUCGCAACAAAUCUCAUUUUAUCCGACGUCCGACGAGAAACGGUUUUUAAAGUUAAAAUUUCACCGGAAGUACAGAGAUAUCAUAACGGAGGUGUACCUGAACCAUGUAAUCGAAAAGGGUAAGGAGCUUGUGGUGGAGAACAGGCAGAGAAAGCUGUACACUAAUAACCCAAACACUGGAUAUUACGGGUACAAGAAGUCGUUGUGGAGUCAUGUUGUGUUUGAUCACCCUGCAACAUUCAAGAACAUCGCAAUGGAUCCGAUCAAGAAACGGGAAAUCAUCGAUGAUCUCGUUACGUUCAGUAAAGGGAAAGAGUAUUACGCGAAAGUGGGGAAAGCAUGGAAGCGUGGGUAUCUCUUGUACGGUCCUCCGGGGACUGGUAAGUCCACUAUGAUAGCUGCUAUUGCGAAUUUCUUGAAUUACGAUGUUUAUGAUCUCGAAUUAACGGCGGUGAAAGAGAAUAGCGAUCUCCGUAAGCUCUUGAUUGAGACGUCGAAUAAGUGCUUAAUUGUUAUAGAAGACAUAGAUUGUUCUUUAGAUCUUACAGGGCAGAGGAAGAAAAACAAGGCCGAUGAUGACAAAAAUGGCGGCAACGGCGAAGUAAAGAAUCCGGUCAAGGAAAAGGAAAAAGAAGAGCGUAAGGAGAGUAAGGUUACUCUGUCAGGUCUGCUAAAUUUCAUCGACGGAUUAUGGUCGGCUUGCGGCGGAGAACGGUUGAUCAUAUUUACUACUAAUUAUGUAGAGAAAUUAGACCCGGCGCUGAUCCGGCGAGGCCGCAUGGACAAACACAUUGAGUUGUCGUACUGUGGGUUUGAAGGGUUUAAGAUACUUGCCAAGAAUUAUCUGGACAUUGAUUACCAUGAACUGUUUGAGACAAUUCAGAGUUUGAUUGAAGAAACUCAAAUGACACCUGCCGAUGUUGCUGAAAAUUUGAUGCCGAAAACCAUUAAUGGGGAUCCUGAAAUCUGCUUGAACAACCUCAUUGAGGGUCUUGAGAAAGCCAAAGAAGAUGCAAGGGUGAAAGCCGAGGAAGAAGCGAAAGAGAAAGAACUGGAAAUGAAGAAGCAAGAAGAGGAAAAAGAACUGCAAGAACCGAAAACGGCAACAGAUGAUGCAAAGGAGUGUGGUACGUCAGUGAAAGAGAAAACCAAGGAUGAAUCGGUUCACUCAAAUGGCAAGGAAUGCAAUGGGAAGCUGGAGAAUGGCAAGUAGGACUAGAAUUGGAGAGUAUACAUGAGUGUGUGAACAAGUUAUGAUCUUUUACUAGUUAGUAAUUAUUUCUGUUUUGUAGUUACAGCAUCCAUUAUCACUUGUAUUUCGUCACACCGGAAAAUUCUUCUUCUCUAACUCAGUGUGCCACCAUUGACUAUUGACUUUAUUAGUCAAGCACCACUUGAUUUGAUGUUACUGGUCAAUGUGGCAAUGGCCACAGGAUUUUCCGUAACAUCAUUUGUAAUUGAGAAGGCUGUGAAAAAUCUUA